CGGGCCGCGAGGCAAAAGGUUGCUCGAUUUUUCAAACGCGAGCAUGCGUCGGUGGGGAGCUUGGCUGGGCAGUGGCGAGGCGUAGCUGAAGAAAACCUGUUGGGCGUCGGUUGAGAAUUAUCUUUUCGCUGUCUUUCGCUCUGCAUCUUUGACGUCACAUCGCGCUUGUGAAGGAGAGAACAUCGGAUCGCGAGCGUCUGUGAAGGCCGGCGCAUGUCCGCCCGCGAUUGACUUUUUCUCUCCUCCCCGGCUUCCCCGUGGCAACCCCCAGGCCGUCUUUUUUUUCUCUUUUUUUGCGGGUCGCUGGUCUCCGUCAAACUCGAGUUCUCGUCUUCGCCGUCGCUUUUCUCCAGUCUUCGCGCGAGUCGCGCCCUCAACACUGCCUCCUUCCACCCGCAAAACGAGGCUUUUCCUCGUCCCCAGGGUGUCCGGAGACGGGGGCGGAGGAGGUCGCCAAACACAGAGAGAGACGCCCGAGCACGACAAGGAUCCCUGUUGGCCUGUUUGAACUGCUCAUUUUUCUGCAGAAAAAAUAACGUCUCCAAUCGGUGCCCAGAAGGCAGCGCAGGGAACCUUGGCCCGCGGUUGUGCCAGCAGCAACGCCGUGGAGGCUUCGGAGGAAAUGCACAACGGCAGAACCGCGCAGGAAAAAAGAAAACGAGCGACGCGACGAAGAAAGGGAAGCUGAGGCUUGCCUCGUGUAUCUUUGGCAUUUCGUUUUCUCUACGUUUGAGUCGCAGACUCCGCCGCAACUCUCCUUGUCGAGAGGCCGUGUCUGGGUCCUAGGCGCGCCUCGCUUUUUUUCCUCGAUUGUCCAAAGUCACAUUGCCUCUUCGCCAGAACUCCGCUUUUUUUUUACACCGCUUUAUCCUUCUCGUCGACAAGAGUCGUGGAGAACUCUGUUGCGCUGGCGCAAGCGCUCCGCGGUCGGGUGUACAGACACCCCACAAACGGCUCCAGACCCCGCGAGUUUUCCGCCUUUUGCCUCCCUUUCCCCCGCCUGGCGGUUUGCUUCGCUUUUCGCGUUGGGCUUCCUUUCUCUCACUUCGUCUUCUUCCUCGUUCUCUCUCGUUCCCUGUCGUUCUCUCUCGUUCCCUGUCGUUCUCUGUCGUUCCCUGCACUCCUGUGUCGACUCUCCGCCGGGAGGAUGCGGACCCGGGAGAAGCCGCUGGAAUUCGACAGUGUCACCUGUCGGCCUCCAUCAUGACGCGCUGGUCUUUAGUUCGCCUCGUCUUCCUAGCCUGCGGGAGCGAAGGAAAUCCACUGUGCGCCUCCUCCGUCCGAGAACGGAAAAGCUCCUUUCACUGAUCUGUGAAUCGCGAUGUCUUCGCCGGCCUCUGGCGGCUCGGUCACUCCUCGCUUCGUCUCUCGCCGGGUGUACGUACAGUGCAAGCCGACUGGAUCUGCGCCUCGCUUUCUCUGGAGGUCGCCUUCCGCGAAGACAUUUCGUAUUUCUUGUCAUCUUCGAAAGGCAGCGCGAGUAUUUUGACUCCGCGUUCGCGCUGUCGGGUGUUCGAAAAACGAAAACUGGCUCUGUCUCUCUGUACACGCUCAGUCGCAUGGAGUCGAGACGCCCAUUCUCACGAAGCGACAUUUGCUCACCUCCGAGAGCGUCUUCUUGGUGCGGUUUUCAAGGCUUCAAAGUCUCUUCGACGUUCUCCACAGACGCCGCGUCCCUUCUUCCUCGUCUGCUUUAAACGCGUCUUCUCCCGCAGAAACCUGAAUCUUUUUCAGCAUCGCAGACCUCUCCUCUUCUCCGUUGUUGCGGAUUCGAAAGUCUGGAUCGCCGCUGUCUCUUCGUUCGCUCACGAAUCGGCUCUUCCUGACGGCGCCUCACACCCCCCCCCCCUUUUGCCCUUCUGCGUCUUCUCUUACCGACACAGUCCCCCCGCAUACCCACGACUCAUAUAUGCACAUAGAAUUACCAAUUUAUUUGUAUAUACCUAGUUAUAUAUACCUAUUUAUAAAUAGAUGUGCGUGCAUGCAUGUAUGCGUUUUUCCGUUUUUUAAUUGUUUUUCGUUCGUCUUAAGAUGGAGGCGGUUGCUGAGCUCUCUGCGCCCUCGCUGGCAGGCGCGCCAGGAGAGUAUACGUGGAUCGUCGCUGUGGCGGGAGUUACUUGUUUCCUCACUGCGUUUGCGAUUGGCGCGAAUGACGUCGCGAAUACGUUCAGCAGUUCGGUGGGGUCGAGAGCCAUUCCUCUCUGGGCGGCGAUCGGCAUGUCCGCCGUUUUGGAGACCGUCGGAGCCACCCUCCUCGGAGGCGCCGUCACCGACAGCAUUCGCUCGAAAAUCAUCGACUUCGAGGUCUUUCGCGAGACGCCGUCGAUCCUGAUGACGGGGAUGUUGUGCGCGUUGGUCGGCGCUGGGCUCUGGUUGUUCCUCGCAAACCAUCUGGGACUGCCGGUGUCGACGACACACUCGAUCAUUGGCGCUCUGCUGGGAUUCGGCCUCGCCUCCGGCAACGUACGAGCAGUCAAGUGGACGCAAGUCGCGUUCAUCGUCGGUUCCUGGGUCGCCGCACCGCUCGCAGCGAGUGCCGCAGGCGCGACGAUCUUCGUCUGCAUGCGCAGGUUGAUUCUCCGCAGUCGCCAGCCGCUGCGUCGUGCCAAGCGCUUCCUCUGGAUCUUCAUUUACCUCAUUACGCUCACGUUCUCCGUCUUCCUCGUCUUCAAGAACUUCUUCGAGCUCAACGUGAGCUGCGACCAGAUGGUGGCGGGAGGCCGUGUGGAGCACUUUGAGCCGUGUCGCAUUUCGCGCUGGGCAGACGCUCACUCGGGGACCGCUCUGGGGAUCGCGGUCGCGUUGUCCGUCGCGUUGACCUUCGUCAUUUCCUGCCUGGUCUACCGCUUCGCCUUCUACCGCGUGGAGAGCUACCGGCGUCGGCAGAAACGAAGCAGCAGAACAGAGCCUCGAGACGCCUCCGAGGAAGGCACUGGGCCGUCACACGCGCGACCCGGGGGCCUGCUCCUCACACCAAGGUCCUGCGUCGCGAAGGAGGGGGAACGGCGCCCAGGCGCUCUCGAGGAUGCGCUGCGGCUUGCGGGAGAAGAAAACGCGAGAAUCGCCUCCGCGGAAAGUCGCUUGCAAAAGCCCCCGCCUCUCGAGUGUAUGGACACCUGCGCUGACAGCCUCCAGAUCAACGACGGCCGCGCCGCGGCAGCGAAACCAGACGUCGGAACUGCAGCUCAGAGUCCUGAGUCCAGAUUUGCGGCCGACCCUGUGGGGUCUUCUGUUCCGGAUCGGAGUGUCUUGGCGUUUUCUCGAAGUUUAGCUGAAGAUGCACAGGCGGCUUUUCACGCGUCUGUUCAGCACUGUGCGUCCCCGCGUUGUUCUGCUGCUUCGCGUGGGGACUCGCGGUAUCCACUUCAGCGGUCGACGUCGGAUUUCAGCGCGUUUCUCUCCUCUCCGAGCUCAUCUGUUCCACCUUCUUCCCCGUCUCCUUCUUCGACUCCCUCUUCUCCUUCGGCUUCUCCCCGUCGACCGCCUUCGCGCCCGCCAGUGCCGCGGACUUGCUCGCCUGCUCCAGUGUCUCCGUCUGUUCCUCGAGCGUUUGCCUCCACGGCGACGCACGGGCAUCCCCCGGCGCUGAGCGACACCGACGCAGACACCCCGGAAGGCCCCGACAGAAGGAGACAGAGCGCGGCACUGGCGGGCGCGAAGGACGCGGAAGCGUCUCCACUUUUCGCGGAUCUGGCGCCGCACCCGGAGCGACGCGAUGAGGUGCCUGCUGCGAAGCGGGAGCGCGACGCGCGCAGGACUUUGCUUCUUCCGCCGCGGGUGACCGGCGAGGCUCCGGAGGGAUUCUUCGCGCCCACCGUCUCGCACGACGACAACGGCCUCGUCUUCGUUUCACAGGCAGACCUCGCGGACUCUCUCGGCUCGGGUGUCGACGAAGAAGAAGACGCGCCGCGCUCCUGGAGGGGGAAGCUGAAGGCUGCAUGGCGGAGCAUGCCUUGGUUCAAAGACAUCCACGCUGAGGGGAGCACAGAAGACGACUUGGUGGCGCGUCUGCAGACGGGAGCCGAGGUAUUUGACACGGAGACCGAGUUGUUUUUUUCAGCUUGCCAAGUUGUCUCUGCAUGCAUGGGGUGCAUCGCCCACAGCGCGAAUGACACGGCGAACGCAAUUGGGCCGUUCGCGGCGAUCCUCACGGUCUACCAGUCUGGGUCGGCAGACAGCGAGAUCGGUUCGCCGUGGUACAUUCUCCUCUUUGGAGGCCUGAGCAUGUCGCUGGGCCUGGCGCUGCUGGGGUACCGAGUCAUCAAAACCGUCGGAGUGAAGCUGGUGAAAAUCACUCCCGCGCGCGGAUUCUCCAUGGAACUCGGCGCUGCCUGGACCGUUUUGAUUUUCAGCGCCAUAGGCAUCCCGCUGUCGACGACGCACUGCGCCGUGGGCAGCACUGUGGGUGUGGGCCUGAUGGAGCCCAAGCAUCCGCGGCGGGAGACAGGCGACGGGCCGGUAGCCGAGGGCGAGGAGCCCAAGAAGCGAGCCGUACAGUGUCCUGUGAUCAACACGGCGUCCGUCAACUGGAAGCUCUUUGGUGGAGUCUUCGUCUCCUGGAUCAUCACCAUCGCCUUCUCCGCUCUGGUGACCGCGGCUCUCUUCUCCUUCGCGGCCUACUCCCCUCGCAUGGUCUCCUAAUAGAGAGUUGUCAUUCAACUCUCCACGCUCACCACGUCGACGUACCUACAAAUGGCUGUGUAUAUACAUACAUAAAUAUAAGCAUGUAUAUGCACAGGCGCCUUGACAUACGUCUACCUAUAUGCAGAGACAUAUAUAUAUAUAUAUAUAUAUAUACUUAUACACAUAUAUAUAUAUAUAUAUAUAUGUAUAUAUAUUUAAGGGUGUGAGGUUUUAGGCCGUGUGAGCGUUUUUUUUGCGUGGAAGACGGGGAGGGUGUUUCCUCCGUCGUAGGCACUCCGAUCGUGACAAUCAAAGGCUGGGGGAAGGCGACGUUUAGUCUCGGAUUCAGCAGAGAUCUUUUGGGGCCGUCCCCGCGUUGUGUGUUUUUUCAUGGAAAGCAACUUGUUCCAGUUUUCAUUUGAAGACGUCUCUAACAGAAGCAGUUGAUAUCUGUACUUCUCCGCAAACAGUGCAAGCCGCGAGGCAGGCGCGCGCAGCGUCAAGGUUUUCCGGGGGAAGCAGAGGUGGAAAGGUGGAACCGAGUCGGAGACAGGCGAGUGUGCAGAGUAACGUUGCGUGGAACGAGCGAAGGCUACGGGCGCAAAUUGAACAGUGAAGUCCAUGGGUUCGACCCAGGAAAUGCAGAGUGCAAGUUGUUGGCGCGGUUGCUUCGGUGGCGUGUGAUGCCGAACUUC